AUGGUGUCCAUCGACAAAUCUGAUUGCCCUGCCAUACUUGAUGGACCUAGCAAUGAGUCUUUCCCGACCACGUCCUCCCUGCGGCGUCAAAUGGAGGAAUUAGUGAAUACUUUCUCUGCUGAACUUCCAAGUAUGCCAACAGAUACCGUUGCGGGCGAACGUCUCCAGAGACUACAAUCAAGAGCAACAAAGCUUGCAGAGGUGCUGGCAGUUGCCAAUCUUCAGGACAACUCUCAGGAUUUGGACAAAGACUAUCAGUCACUUCAUGAUAAAGUUGAAGAAAUAUCCGGGAAGUUCUUGGAUUUACUACAGAGGUUGCCUGCUGAGGAAAGCGCAAACAGUAAGACACAGAAAGAAUGGCCCCAGAGUGUUGCAGCAGUUUUACACCAGCUCACAUGCGAUGUGGCAUUCCCAAGCUCCCGUGGUGUGGGGAGAUGUAACGGUACUGGAAACACCAUGACGAGGUCGCAGGUUGGGUCAAACUCAAUAGAACUCGGUAGGAAUCUAGGUGUCUCUGAUGCUAUGUGA